AUGCUGAAUGGAACAUUCUUCCGGUCGCCACCAACUGAAACCAAACAAGUAGUUGAACGCCUAAAUAAUGCUGGGAAGGCGGAUAAAGAGACAGAAGCAUUGAGAGCUUUGGUGAAGAGAAUGGUCGAGCUCUUCAGAGAUGAACAGCGACCGUCGUAUUUCGGAGAGGCGGCAAUGCUCGCAAAGGUUGCCAGCGGGAAUGAGUAUCAAACUCUGAUCUUUGCUUUCUCCCGAGCAAUUACCGCGGGUACGGCGGAUGGGAGUCCCGUCGACCUGGAUUUGCUGAAAUUCUUCGCCUGUUCCCUCCGUCAAAGCAAAGACCGGAUUCCUCGGGAAACGGCUACUCGACUUGGUGCCGUGCUCGGAGGCCUUAGCAAACAUAUGAGCAAUGCACAGAACUUUGCUGACUUGGAAACACAGUACUUCCUUCUAUGCACAAUCAAUGUUGUUUUGGAUGCUAUGGUUGACAUCAAUUUUUCCGGCAUUGAUCGGGAGACGCUCUAUACCCCCCUCACUGAAAAGCUCCGUGACUUGAGCAAUGACUCUGAGCCACGCAUGGCUCAAGCCGCUAGAUAUGCAUUUCAAGCUCUGAGCCGCAUACCGGAUAAUGAAGGGCCAUGGCAGGCAUUUUUUCGCACCAGCGGGACGGCUAUCAAUGCCAUUACGAAGAUCUCAAGUGGUGUCGCAACUAUGGACCCAAAGAAGUUCGUAGACGCAGCUCCUGACAUAAUCGAGCUAUGCAGGUUCUUUAAGAAAGUUGUAGAGAUGAGCAGGGACGCCUUGAGCGCGAGUGAUGACAUCCGAAGCCUUAUAACGGGGAUGCAGGACGCAGCAGCACAACAUGGGUGGUACGAUGCGCUUCGACAGACUGAUGUCCUCAUUGAGUCAGGGGCAUAUGAUAUUCUCAAGAGAUUAAUACCGGGAUUGCCAUGCCUGCAGGAAAAAUUGUUCUGGUGUGGUUUGUACGCCCAGCUUGAGCAAUGCUGGGUAGAUGAUAAACCCUCCAAGCAUGGUGCGGUAGACUUCAUUGAGUGGACUUUCGGCCAGCCAUCCCUUAUGAAACUUUCUUCGAAACAUCGGUCUGUACAAGACUGGAUCCGGUUCCUUGCCUAUACCUUUCAUCAGCCCAGUUGGGGAAAGCAGCUGUCCAAGCCAAAGCGCAAGCUUCCCUUCCGUCUCUUACCAGACAAGGAACAGGUACCUACUCUGAAGAGUUGUUUUCAAUAUCGACAGCCCCAUUAUGAUCAAUACUUUCCUCUUCUACAAGUAGCAAUGAGGGGCUGUAAGGAAGCCCAGCUAUUCUAUGCAGAUGCCACACUUUCUCAGCAUUACACCAGGGAGGGUCGUCUCGACAUUGAGCGGCUCUCCGGGGAAAGGGCGCCCAUCGAUACAUGUUACAUUAACCUUGCUCUGAUUGAAAAUACAGUGGAGGAGAAAAGGAGCAGCGAGGUCUCCGAGUUCUCUCUCUUUGAACGAUUAAAAAUUGAAAAUAAGGUAGAAACGGACGUGCCGUUGGCGGAUCUAUUCAAGCCAAGAAAACUAGGUGAUGGCACUACGAGAAGACCAAGCCGUAUCUUAAUUCGCGGGCGUGCAGGGGUUGGAAAGACAACGCUGUGCAAAAAGAUUAUCCAUGACUUUCUCUACCACCGGCUCUGGAAAACCUAUUUUGACCGAGUAUUCUGGAUACCAUUACGAAAACUGAAAGAUCAAGACUCCUUGGAGCGAUUCCUUAAAGAGAAUUAUUUCGAAAACACAUUAGAAAAAACUGCCCUUUUCCCAACGCUGUGGGACACUGUAUGCGACGAAAACCGGAACCGAACCCUCUUCAUUCUAGAUGGCCUUGAUGAGAUUAUUGGAUAUCAGAGACCUGAGGGCAGUCUCAUUGAGUCAUUUGAACGAGUCCUAAACCGAAACAAUGUCGUCAUCACCUCUAGGCCUUACGCUGUAUAUCCCUCACAGCUUAAGAGAUAUGAUCUUGAAGUUGAGACAACCGGGUUCAGAGACCAUCAAAUCGAAUCCUAUCUGAACCAAGUGGUUAAGGACCAUCUUAAGAUAAGCCAGAUCAGGCAAUUUAUCGCACAACAUUGGCUCAUCCAGGGAUUGAUUCGAAUCCCUAUUCAACUGGAUGCUCUUUGCUUUACCUGGGAUGAGGAACUGUCUUCCGAGAAAACCCUCAGCACGAUGACUGACCUCUAUGGCGCUAUUGAGAAAAAGCUAUGGCACAAGGACAUGGUUAGCUUAGAGAAGAAUGCUUCGGGCCGACUACUGACAGGACAUACCGCUCAAAAAUAUAAAACCCGCCGGCAAAUUAAAUGUAUAUUAUCCAGCGAGAUGGAACUGCUAGAAUUGAUGGCAUUUUUGGGUAUAUACCACAAUAUCACGGAAUUCAAAUGGGGCAUUCGAAGCAAAGUCUACGACCAAGUCGAGGGAGCAACAGAUGAUUGUCUGGAUAGAAUUUCUUUCCUUCGCAGCUCUGACUCCUCUCUCAGCUCUGCAGACCGAAAUUACUACUUCAUUCACUUAACUUUCCAAGAGUAUUUUGCUGCGCAGUAUUUUGUUAAACGUUGGAAAUUGGGCCUGCCUUUACAAUGUCUUCAACUUAAGCAUGGCGGAAGCGCAGUCCUCCAGCCAGAAAAGCUCAUAGAUCAAGAGAAAUACAACGGGCGCUAUGACAUUAUGUGGCGAUUUGUAUCGGGACUUCUUGAAACUGAAGGAGAGGAACAUCUCGUUAGAUUUAUAGAACGUGUUGAAAGCGAACCACGCGAUUUACUUGGACCUGUCCAUUCCCGGCUGCUUAUGCGUUGCUUCAGCGAAUUGACUCUGUUGGACAACAAUUCCACAAUACAACAUGUGCACGCAACGAUGAAGAGGCAGCUGCCACGGCUCCUGCUGUUCGAAGGUAAGAUGGGCCGAAGACUAUCUGGAUUAACGCUUGAUCCUCCUUGGGGUAGCCUGUAUAGUACGGCAUUGCUGGGUACUGAAAUGGAGUUUCCAGAGCAGAUUUUGGAAGAUAUCCUGGACAAAGGAUGCAUUACACAUCAACAGAUAGUCUUGGAGGCACUCACCAAGCGUCCCCAAGUGUCUCCGAGAGUCCUAGGCCGAGUGAUCACCUUCCUAGAGCCUAGCCAUACUGUUGGGAUGAGGAAAACAGCCGCUAGAGUUAUAGGCAAUAACCCAGAGUUCUCAAUUGAGACCACCAAAAAGUUGAUAGAAGACAAUUCGGGCUGGAGGGUUCCCCGCGAAUUAUUGAUUGGCCUAUGCAGACACCCAAAGUUGCCCGAGGAUAUGAUUCAAAUGAUUAUAACCCGAUUAAGUAACAGAGAGGCCGACACCGAACUAAUUGUCAUGAAAAAUCAAUUGUCUCUCGCUGAAAGCAUUGUUCAACGCUUGGCCCACGUCCUACAGAAUGGAAAUCCCCUCGCCAAAGCGAGAGCAGUUGUGGUCUUAGUAGCGCACUCGCUGCUGGAGAAGAGCAUGUUGGAGGAUGUGGCUACGCUUCUUUGUGACCCCGAUGAGAAAGUGAGGAGGAUUAUUUUCUCCGCAUUCAAAGAACAACUUCCUCCACCCAAGCUGAUUCUCGAAGCGGCCGUUGCGAAUAUGAACGAGACUAAAUACCUUGAUAGUAUGUUUAUCUCAAACAAAAUACUGCAAGAACAAGAUACCUGGCCCAUGGACGUGGUGGAAGGCAUGUGGCGCAAAAUUGAGCGCGGGUGCAAUCGGGUUCGGGACCUAGCAUUUGAAAUCUUACAGAAGGAGACAGCACCAUCGCCAGACGCCUGGAUCGAGCUGUACAACACAUCAACGUUCAAGGAUGCUGUCUCCAUUGCUGUAACGAAAGGGCAUUUUCGAUUCAAAUUAGAUCCACCAGAGGUUAUUCUCGAGCAUUGUGUCUCAGUAUUACGGACUAAAGGACCCGAUCUAAAGGAAUAUGCUGCCUCAGCCCUAGCAGAAAGCCAGUGUUUGCCGGUAAAAAUUCUUGAUACGUUGGCUCAACAUCUAAGGGACCGAGUCCAGAGUGUACGACGCUAUAGUGUGAUAGCUUUUGGUCACCAGUCAAACCUGAGUCAUGAAUAUGUGAAGGCCUUAGCAUCUCUGCUUCAAGAAGAGGGACAGUACAUGCAGGAGAUUAUUCUCAGGGCUUUGGGUUCGCGGUCUACAUUACCUCCCGAGAUCCUGAGAAAAGUGAUUCCUUUCCUCACAGGGCACACUCAUAUUACCGGAAAACAGGCAGUUUCAAUUUUGUGUAAGCGGGAAAUAUUAUCGCAAAAAAGCCUGCAGUCAGUGGCAUCGCUCCUGCGUUCUCGAAAGAGGAAUACAAGAAUUAACGCCGAAAGAGUGCUGAGGAAGUGCGCAGAUCUUGGGGAUCUACUUUACAGUUCAGACGUGGAAACUUGGGUGGCCCUGUUCAAAUGCCUCUUGGAAAGGAGUUUCAAUGAGUGCAUUCUAUGUUCUGUUCAGGGUAACUAUCUUUGUAUUGACACACCAGAAGGUUUCUGGAAGGUUAGUAUUGAACAUCCUGAGCAGUGGCAGAAACUGGACGCAGCAAUCAAAGCAGCGCAUGAUGAGCUUGAUUAUGCUCUGGAUGGAUCCGGGAAUUCUCAUUCUACUCCGCUCGUUAAACCAAACAAUAUCCUUGAAAGUAUAGCUGUGCUGUUUGGAGGGGUUUGCGACUAA